UAAGGCAUGGCACAUAAUAAUUAUUUAUACCAAAUAUAAUUUAUUGUUAAUUUAAAAUCUUUGCUAGGGCUUCUCUAGUGACUGUUUUUGGCAUCCGUUACGUGGACAGACUGAUAGGCUACACUUUUUUAUGCAGCGAAAAUGUAGCGUAAAUGACGUCAUGAGCAGCAACCGCUGCAUGUCGCUGCACAGCAUUUUAAAAACGGUUGUCGCUGAAGCAAAAUGGACACUGUCCCUUGUUCACUGAUUUCAGUUUUAGAAAGCAACAUAUUAUUUAAAGAAUCACAAGAGAAUAAAAAAAAGGAGGUAUGAAAAUUUAAUGGUUGGCAUCACUGUUUCCAAUGAACGUAAAAAAUCUAAGUGACAGAAUAUACAAAAUUACGUUGAAGAGGUCGUACUUUCAUAUUGUAUGGAUGACUUCAAAUCUCAUUUUAGACUCACAAAAAGUUCAACAGAAGUAAGUUUUUAACUUAAAAUAAGGUAAAUUAUUAGUUAAUUUAGAAAUUAAUAGAAAAUGUGUUUAUUUUUUAUAGGAAAUUAUUAAAUUCAAAGAGAGAAAUGAAAGUAAAAAAAGGGCGACCUCUUAUUUCUUUUACAAAGGAAGUAUUAUUAAGUAAUUGGACUCUUGCUAACCAAGAAUCAUAUAGAGGUAUUGAAGACAGAUUUGGUGUCAAUAAAGGUCAGGCGUGCACAAUCUUUAUAGACUUCUGUCAAAAAAUGUGUCGUAUGAUUGGCAAGUUUAUUACAUGGCCAAAUGAUAGCUUGGAAAGAACAGUUUAUAAGUUUGAAGAAUUACGUUCUGUUUCAUUGCCUGGAGUAAUUAGGUGUGUUGAUGGAACACACAUACAUAUAAAAGCUCCAAAGGAAGACAGCCAGAGUUAUUACAACAGGAAAGGAAGGCACUCUAUCCUGUUGCAAAUAAUUUUUGAUUCUGAAAUGCGAAUUAUUGAUGCAUUUGUUGGUUGGCCUGGUAGUGCCAAUUAUUCUCGGAUUUGGCAGCAGAGCCCUAUUUAUAAUAUGUUUUUAAGUGAAUCUUUAAGGUAUUUAGGAGAUAAGUAUUAUUUACUUGCAGAUUCAGCGUAUCCAUUAGAUACAUUUUUAAUUGUACCAUAUAAAGAUUAUGGUAAUCUUACUGUAAAACAGAAAAAUUUUAACAGAAGAUACAGUUCUAUCAGAGUUGUGGUAGAACAAACCAUAGGUCUGUUAAAAGGGCGAUUUCGUUGUCUGAAAUAUCUUGACAUGGAAAACAUUUCAUCAAUGUCAAAAGUCGUAAUGACAUCAUGUAUAUUGCACAAUUUGUGCAUUAAUCAAGGUGAUAUUGACUGUACAGAGGAUGCAUUUUUUGAUGAUUAUAAUGAACCUGCAGAAGACCCAAUUACAAGAAAUCGUACAGCUGCAGAAGUAAAACGUAAUCAAUUAGUAGUGUCGCGUCAGGCCGAUUCUUGUCUCGUGUGAUUAAUUAAUUUUUGUAAGUCUCACCUGACCGUCUUGUUCGUACUCCAGGUUCCCGUCGUAUCUCCAACCAAGAAAAGUUCACCAAGUCCAUCUUUUAGAUUUUAUUCACACAAAAAACCAACAAAUCAACUAUAUACAAUAAUUCGAUAGGAAGAGCAUUCUGUUAUGUUCUCGCACCUUUUUUGGAACGUAACACCAGCGUCUUGGUGUUGCCAACCCUCUUCA